GGACCGAGAUCACGUCAGUCGCGAACGUACGUCACAUGUUAACGUUUGAGCCAAGAUGGCGGCUGCCGGAGGAGAGCCUGUUGCUCAAGGUGGCAGUACAGACGAUGCAUUUCAAACGUUUUACACAGAGGUUAAACAAAUUGAGAAGAGAGACUCUGUGUUGACGCCAAAGCAACAAAUCGAACGUUUGCUUAGACCUGGUGCAUCGUAUUUUAAUCUCAACCCGUUUGAAGUGCUGCAGAUUGAUCCAGAUGUAACUGAUGAUGAGAUCAAGAAGCGCUUUCGACAGCUGUCCAUCCUGGUGCAUCCUGACAAAAACCAGGAUGACCCAGAACGUGCCCAGAUGGCUUUUGAAGCGGUUGACAAAGCAUACAAGUUGCUCCUGGAUCCUGAACAGAAGAAGCGGGCAGUUGAUGUGAUCCAUGCAGGGAAAGAAUAUGUUGAGCAUAUGAUGAAGGAGAAAAGGAAACAGUUGAAGAAGGACGGCAAGCCGCAGAUUGUGGAGGAGGACGACCCUGAAUUGUUCCGGCAGGCUGUGUACAAGCAGACCAUGAAGCUGUUCGCUGAGCUGGAGAUCAAGAGGAAGGAGCGCGAGGCCAAGGAGAUGCACGAGAGAAAACGACAAAGGGAGGAGGAGAUUGAAACUCAUGAGAAGGCGAAACGAGAUCGGGAAUGGCAGAAGAACUUCGAGGAUUCGAGAGAUGGGCGUGUAGAUAGCUGGCGCACCUUCCAGGCAAAAGGGAAGAAAAAGGAGAAGAACCGCACCUUCCUGAAGCCCCCAAAAGUCAAGAUGGAACAGAGGGAGUGAUGCUGUCCAGCUGUGCGCGUGUGUGUGGUGUGUGUGUGGUGUGUGUGUGUGUGUAUGAAUGUGUGUGUAUGAAAUGAAUUUGUGCGUAGACGUCCAGAGCAGCCUGCGAUGACACCCAAUCUCAACACUCAUACUCAUUGCCUCUGUUCACACUUGGAGACACAUCCCUUCCUAAGAAUAGAUAUCUUUAGGUUUUUGUUUUUGGAGGAAAAAAAUGUACAUAUUUGUGAAAAUUGUGACUUUAGAGACUUUAAUAGGAAGGCUCAGUAUGUUAGAAUAGAGAAGUACUUGUUUUCUUUUUUCAUGUCCGUCAACAAUUUCUUUCAUUUUUUUUUACCCUCUUCAGACAAAAUAAACACUCGUUUGUAGAGUCUUUGUUGGUAAUGCAUGGGGUCAAUGGUGUUUGUUGUCAGUAUUUAAUUGAUCUGUUCAGCAGCAUUAAACAGAUUCGCUCCAAUGUGUUCCUUGA